GGAGAGGCGCGGCCGCGGCGGGACCGGGAGGAGCAGGAGAUGCUGCCAGCCCUCCCGGGGCCGCGCUCGCUCAGCCGCCGCCGCCACACGGAGCAGCCGCGCGCCGGGAGCCGCGGGCCGGGCCAGCCGGGCCGCCGGGGCCCAGUGCGCCGCGCUCGCAGCCGGUAGCGCCGUCAGCGCUCGCUGGGCAGCCGCGGGGCCCGAGGCCGGGCCGGGGAGGGGGCGAGGGCGGCGCCCGGGCGCCUGCCGCGGAGGAGGCAGGAUGAGCAUCGAGAUCCCGGCGGGACUGACGGAGCUGCUGCAGGGCUUCACGGUGGAGGUGCUGAGGCACCAGCCCGCGGACCUGCUAGAGUUCGCGCUGCAGCACUUCACGCGCCUGCAGCAGGAGAACGAGCGCAAAGGCACCGCGCGCUUCAGCCAUGAGGGCAGGACCUGGGGGGACGCGGGCGCCGCUGCCGGGGGCGGCACCCCCAGCAAGGGGGUCAACUUUGCCGAGGAGCCCAUGCACUCCGACUCCGAGGACGGGGAGGAGGAGGAGGCUGCGCCCGCAGACGCAGGGGCGUUCAAUGCUCCAGUUAUAAACCGAUUCACAAGGCGUGCCUCAGUGUGUGCAGAAGCUUAUAAUCCUGAUGAAGAAGAAGACGAUGCAGAGUCCAGGAUUAUACAUCCAAAAACUGAUGAUCAGAGAAAUAGAUUGCAAGAGGCUUGCAAAGACAUCCUGCUGUUUAAGAAUCUGGAUCCGGAGCAGAUGUCUCAAGUAUUAGAUGCCAUGUUUGAAAAAUUGGUCAAAGAUGGGGAGCAUGUAAUUGAUCAAGGUGACGAUGGUGACAACUUUUAUGUAAUUGACAGAGGCACAUUUGACAUAUAUGUGAAAUGUGAUGGUGUUGGAAGAUGUGUUGGUAACUAUGAUAAUCGUGGGAGUUUCGGCGAACUGGCCUUAAUGUACAAUACACCCAGAGCAGCUACUAUCACUGCUACCUCUCCUGGUGCUCUGUGGGGUUUGGACAGGGUAACCUUCAGGAGAAUAAUUGUGAAAAACAAUGCCAAAAAGAGAAAAAUGUAUGAAAGCUUUAUUGAGUCACUGCCAUUCCUUAAAUCUUUGGAGGUUUCUGAACGCCUGAAAGUAGUAGAUGUGAUAGGCACCAAAGUAUACAACGAUGGAGAACAAAUCAUUGCUCAGGGAGAUUCGGCUGAUUCUUUUUUCAUUGUAGAAUCUGGAGAAGUGAAAAUAACUAUGAAAAGAAAGGGUAAAUCAGAAGUGGAAGAGAAUGAUGCAGUAGAAAUCGCUCGAUGCUCGCGAGGACAGUACUUUGGAGAGCUUGCCCUGGUAACUAACAAACCUCGAGCAGCUUCUGCACACGCCAUUGGGACUGUCAAAUGUUUAGCCAUGGAUGUGCAAGCAUUUGAAAGGCUUUUGGGACCUUGCAUGGAAAUUAUGAAAAGGAACAUCACCACCUAUGAAGAACAAUUAGUUGCCUUGUUUGGAACAAACAUGGAUAUUAUUGAACCCACUGCAUGAAGCAAAAGUAUGGAGCAGGAAGACCUGUAGUGACAAAAUUACACAGUAGUGGUUAGUCCACUGAGAAUGUGUUUGUGUAGAUGCCAAGCAUUUUCUGUGAUUUCAGGUUUUUUCCUUUUUUUACAUUUACAAUGUAUCAAUAAACAGUAGGGAUUUAAUAGUCAGUAGGCUUUAACAUCACUUUCUAAAGAGUAGUUCAGAAAAAAAUCAACAUACUGAUAAAAUGACUUUGUACUCCAUAAAAUUAUGACCGAAAGGUUUAUUAAAGUGAUUGUAAUAUAUAGAAAGUAUCUGUGUUUAAGAAGACAAUUAAAGGAUGUUCUCAUAGGCUAUAUGUGUUUUACUUAUUCAGACUGAUAUCAUAUUAGUGACUGUCCCCAUGUAAGAGGGCACUUGGCAGUUAAACAUGCUGCACAGCAUGGCAUCACAUUUUUUUAUAACUCAUACAUGGUAAAAUUCUAAUCAUUUUUGUUUUACAGUUUUCUAGCUUGAUAAGUUAUGUGCUGGCCUUGGCCUCUUGGUGAAGUGGUAUAAAACAUCAUAUGCAAUUUUAAAACUUUUUAUAUUUUUGCAAUAAAGUACAUUUUGACUUCUUUGGCAUAAUGUCAGUAACCUACAUAUUCCAGUGGUUUUAUGGAUAGGCAAUUUAGUCAUUAUGAUAAUAAGGAAAACAGUCUUUUAGAUGAGAGAUCAUUAAUGCUUUUUUCACUCAUCAAGGACAUAUCUGCUUCCUUUUCAUUUUACAGUUCUCUAUAUUCUAUAUCUUUAAAAAUUUGGUCUUGACAUUAAAUGUCACAACAUUUUUAAAAAAGUGAUUUAAACUUAAGAUCUGACUUUUUUUGUAUUCUUUAUUCUAAGAUCUUAUAUUUUAAAAAACUCUCCUAUACCAAAAAUAAUUUGGGAUCCUUAUCAGCAUGCCCACAGUUGAUUUCUUUGUUCUUUACUAGGCCUACACAAGACAGUCCUUUGCAGACAGACAUCUGUUCCCUUGGGUUUCUUUUCUUUCUUAGGAUGGUUGCAACCCACAGUCUCAUUGACCAGCAGCCAGUGCAGUUUGUUUUUUGUUUUUUUUUAUUCUUAAAAACAUCCCCCGCCC